UAGGGAUUGGUGAGGGUUUUACAUCAGAUAAGUCCUUGCAUGCCUUUUCACGUGAAAGAGCCUUUUAUAAGGAGUUCAGUCAAAACUCUGGCACUUUCAGACGUGAGAAUAAACGUUGAGGAACUAUCGGUAGUGUCCGACAAUCAUAGUGGCCAUCAAAAAUGGCAGCAUACGCAUUACCGGAGGGAUUCUCCGAUUUUGACAUGUUUGCAUUCGGUUCAGCUCUUCUUGUUGGGGGUCUUGUUGGAUUCUUCCUCAACUCCGUUUCAAUAUUGGCCUAUAUUAGCGUAAAGCAAAUGCGAACUCCCAGUAAUUUCCUUGUCUUCAACCUUGCUGUGGCUGACAUUAUCCUCAAUACAACCGGCCUGAUUGCUGCAUAUGCCAGUUUAUCUUACAGACACUGGCCCUGGGGUCAAGACGGCUGUAGCAACCAUGCCUUCAUAGGGAUGACAGCAGUCCUGGCCUCUAUCAGCUUCCUGGCUACCAUCGCCUGGGACAGAUAUCACCAAUAUGUCACCAAUCAGAAGCUGUUUUGGAGCACGGCCUGGACUUUUUCUAUCAUUAUCUGGGGGUUGGCCAUCUUCUGGGCGGCCAUCCCUCUGACUGGUUGGGGAGUUUAUGACUUUGAGCCAAUGAGGACGUGCUGCACUCUAGACUACACCAAAGGAGACAAGGACUACAUUACCUAUAUGGGAGCCCUGACUGUCUUCUACCUUAUCUUCCCUGCUUAUGUUAUGAAAUCCAACUACGACGCCAUUUACGCAUACUUCAAGAAGAUCCACAAGCACAGGUGGAACACCAGUGUACCACUGAGGGUUCUGUUGUUCUGCUGGGGACCCUACGAAGUCAUGUGUAUCUACGCCUGCUUUGACAACGCCAAACUGGUCUCUCCAAAGCUGAGAAUGUUGCUUCCUGUUUUGGCGAAAAUGAACCCUAUUUUCAAUGCGUUGCUCUACUCCUUUGGGAACGAGUUCUACAGAGGAGGGGUGUGGCAGUUCCUGACUGGCCAGAAGUUUACAGAGCCCGUCGUUGUGAAGUUAAAAGGAAGAUAAAGGAAGUUCUUGUUAGUUACAGUCAUAUAAUUAGAAUGGUCAGAGUUUCUAUACCCAUUCUACCCAUUCUAAUUCUAUGGUUACAGUACCGUACAGGCCAUAGAAUUAGAAUGUUCCAUGUUCCAUUCUAUUCAUUCUAAUUCUAUGGUUACAGUACCGUACAGGCCAUAGAAUUAGAAUGUUCCAUGUUCCAUUCUAUUCAUUCUAAUUCUAUGGUUACAGUACCGUACAGGCCAUAGAAUUAGAAUGUUCCAUGUUCCAUUCUAUUCAUUCUAAUUCUAUGGUUACAGUACCGUACAGGCCAUAGAAUUAGAAUGUUCCAUGUUCCAUUCUACUCAUUCUAAUUCUAUGCUAAAGGCCAUAUUCCAACAACAACAUCAUCAUCAUGCACUCUCAUUGCAGUAGGUUUUACAUUGGAAGAAUGCUAUCUGUACAAGGUUGUAAAGUAAAUCUUAAUUGUUUAUUUAGUUGGUUUGGGAUACCAUAUGCCAAUGUAGCUUGUCAAUAGCGAUAUGGUGACUGUCCAUUCAAAUAGACUUUGGGGAAAGGCACCUGUUCUUAGGUUGAAUGAUAUAUCAUGAUUUACUAGACAUGAUUGGCUAGACAUGAUUUACUAGACACUCAUUGACCUAUGUUUUAGUAGAAAUACCACAGUGUUCUUAAUGCCAUGUUCAUGUUGAGUGAUUUUUGAAGGUAGUAAAACCAGUGUAAUCUACUUAAAGUGGAUGAGACUGAAUUUUAGUGGAGUCAUGAUAAUGUAAAACUGAUUUUAUAUCCAAUAGCUUUACUUCUAGAACUCUCCCUGAUGUACUCCUCUAAUCCUCUGUCAAUAAACGCAGCGAGGUAUGCUGCCAUGUGCUGCUCUUCAA